AUGCACAUCCCAUUGCCGGUCCUCCACUUGUUCUUUCUGUUAUCCAUCCUCGCCGGCUUUACCACGGCUGAAGACGUCGGGAACCAGCGCAACAUCACGCCUAACCAUGUCUUCUCAAGCCCCUUCACCCACACAACACCAGCUCCGGACCCUUUGCUCGUCGCCCGUCGACUUGUGAAGGCACGACAAGGCGAUCCGCGCCCCUCGGAUGGAAGGACAAACUUUAUCGGGUGGUAUAGUGUCUCCAACAUCUGGGUAUCCGCCGUCUGCCAGUCGAGCGAAUACUUUGCGGCCGACGCCAAAUACGGCGUGUGCUGUCCUCGGAGCAACAUAUACUGCGACUUGGCUACGACAUGUGGCGGGUUGGAUAACAACUUCGCGAUAGGGCCUUAUGGGCAGGCAGAUUGCGGACCGAGCAACACCUGCGACACCAUCACUAUGCUCCAGACACAGGGCGGCGACGAUGCGCGGAGCAUCAUAUUCUGCAUCCCUAAAUCGGAGCAGUUUGCCCUGCCAAACACUUGGUAUCGUGUCACUUAUCCACUUCCCCAGACGGAGGCUUCCACAGUGACGGUAACAUUGAGUUCAACCGUAACUGCAACUGUCCAAGUUGGAAACUCGACAGUACCAACAGGAGGACCGCGGUCGACUGGCGUAUCCACAUCAGCACCUAAUGGUUUGGCUAUCGCAGUGGCUGCUGUCAUCUCUUUCCUCGCUUUCAUGGUAUUUUGA